CCUGUUUUGUUCCUUUAGUGGUUAUGAUAGUGCUAACAAUAUGCAUCCUUACUAAGGUAUACUUACAGCUACUAUUGUACCAUUCCCCAUGGUACAGUUGUUAUUUCUCAAUCCUGCUUUUUUCUUCCCUUGACAAAUAUAAGAAUCUUAUAAUAGUGAAAUUCCAUUUACUCACUCCCCUGUUCAUUGAGCUGUUAUAUUUUUUACAUGUACGUGUAUUAUAAACUCUACCUUACAUUACUACUUUUGCUUUAAACAAUGAGUCUAAAGGAAAUUAAAAGAAGGAAAAAAUAUGGUCUUUAUAUUUACUGACAUAUUUACCAUUUCUGGUGUUCUUCAUUUUUACCUGUAGAUCCAUUUUUAUCUGGGCAUUAUUUCCCUUCAUCUUGAAAAACGUCUGCCAUUUCAUAUAUUUCAGCUGGAGAUAACUUCUCUUAGCUUUCAUUCAUUUGAAAAUGCCUUUAUUUCAUGUUUGUUUUGAGGGAUGUAUUUAUUGGAUAUAGAAUUCUGUGUUGACUUUUUUUUUCUUUUAGGACUGUAGAGAUACCAGUCCACUGCUUUCUGGCUUCUAUUGUUUUGUAUGUGAUUUGCAUUUUUUUUACUGUCCCCUUUCUAUUUUAUCUUUUAGUUUAAGCAGUUGGACUGGCAUGUGCUUAAGUAUGCUUUUUCUUUGAAUUUCUUCUCUGUGGGGAAAACUUUCACUUAUCUCUUCUUUAACUUAUCGUGGAAAUAAAACAGCUGUUUUGCAGAUUGGACUACAAGGACACCAUUGCAGUGGCUAGAUUUAUUGUUUUUUCAGCUUCUUCAUCUAUAGGCAAAGAUGAUAAACCUUGCAUAUUUUUGAAAGCAUUUGAAGACCUCAAAUCAACUGUUUAUGUUUAUGUCAAAUCUGUAAGAGAUUUUUCUACAGAAUCAAUGUCUUUGGUUCCAGCAACAAAUUAUAUAUAUACACCCCUGAAUCAACUUAAGGGUGGUACAAUUGUCAAUGUCUACGGUGUUGUGAAGUUCUUUAAGCCCCCAUAUCUGAGCAAAGGAACUGAUUAUUGCUCAGUUGUAACAAUUGUGGACCAGACAAAUGUAAAAUUAACUUGCCUGCUCUUUAGUGGAAACUAUGAAGCCCUUCCAAUAAUUUAUAAAAAUGGAGAUAUUGUUCGCUUUCACAGGCUGAAGAUUCAAGUAUAUAAAAAGGAGACUCAGGGUAUCACCAGCUCUGGCUUUGCAUCUUUGACGUUUGAGGGAACUUUGGGAGCCCCUAUCAUACCUCGCACUUCAAGCAAGUAUUUUAACUUCACUACUGAGGACCACAAAAUGGUAGAAACUUUACGUGUUUGGGCAUCUACUCAUAUGUCACCGUCUUGGACAUUACUAAAAUUGUGUGAUGUGCAGCCAAUGCAGUAUUUUGACCUGACUUGUCAGCUCUUGGGCAAAGCAGAAGUGGAUGGAGCAUCAUUUCUUCUAAAGGUAUGGGAUGGCACCAGGACACCAUUUCCAUCUUGGAGAGUCUUAAUACAAGACCUUGUUCUUGAAGGUGAUUUAAGUCACAUCCAUCGGCUACAAAAUCUGACAAUAGAUAUUUUAGUCUACGAUAACCAUGUUCAUGUGGCAAGAUCUCUGAAGGUUGGAAGCUUUCUUAGAAUCUAUAGCCUUCAUACCAAACUUCAAUCAAUGAAUUCAGAGAAUCAGACAAUGUUAAGUUUAGAGUUUCAUCUUCAUGGAGGUACCAGUUAUGGUCGGGGAAUCAGGGUCUUGCCAGAAACUAACUCUGAUGUGGAUCAACUGAAAAAGGAUUUAGAAUCUGCAAAUUUGACAGCCAAUCAGCAUUCAGAUGUUAUCUGUCAAUCAGAACCUGAUGACAGCUUUCCAAGCUCUGGAUCAGUAUCAUUGUAUGAGGUAGAAAGAUGUCAACAGCUAUCUGCUACAAUACUUACAGAUCAUCAAUAUUUGGAGAGGACACCACUGUGUGCCAUUUUGAAACAAAAAGCUCCUCAACAAUAUCGCAUCCGAGCAAAAUUGAGGUCAUAUAAGCCCAGAAGACUAUUUCAGUCUGUUAAACUUCAUUGCCCUAAAUGUCAUUUACUGCAAGAAGUUCCACGUGAGGGUGAUUUGGAUAUAAUUUUGCAGGAUGGUGCAACUGAAACCCCAGAUGUCAAGCUUCAAAAUACAGCAUUAUACGAUUCAAAAAUCUGGACCACUAAAAAUCAAAAAGGACGAAAAGUAGCAGUUCAUUUUGUGAAAAAUAAUGGUAUUCUCCCACUUUCAAAUGAAUGUCUACUUUUGAUAGAAGGAGGUACACUCAGUGAAAUUUGCAAACUCUCGAACAAGUUUAAUAGUGUAAUUCCUGUGAGAUCUGGCCACGAAGACCUGGAACUUUUGGACCUUUCAGCACCAUUUCUUAUACAAGGAACAAUACAUCACUAUGGAUGUAAGCAGUGUUCUAGUUUGAGAUCCAUACAAAAUCUAAAUUCGUUGGUCGAUAAAACAUCAUGGAUUCCUUCUUCUGUGGCAGAAGUACUGGGUAUUGUACCCCUCCAAUAUGUGUUUGUUAUGACAUUUACACUUGAUGAUGGAACAGGAGUGCUAGAAGCCUAUCUCAUGGAUUCUGACAAAUUCUUCCAGAUCCCAGCAUCAGAAGUCCUAAUGGAUGAUGACCUUCAGAAAAGUAUGGAUAUGAUCAUGGAUAUGUUUUGUCCUCCAGGAAUAAAAAUUGAUGCAUAUCCGUGGUUGGAAUGCUUCAUCAAGUCAUACAAUGUCACAAAUGGAACGGACAAUCAAAUUUGCUAUCAGAUUUUUGACACCACAGUUGCAGAAGAUGUAAUCUAAUAUUGCCAUCCAAUUUAGCAUACAUAAAAUGUUGCCACUCACCAUCCCGGUUUGAGCUUCUUUUCCUGCCCUGAGUUUUGUAUCAGCAAUGUUUAUGAUUUUAGCAUGGGUAUGGGAUUAGAAAAUGUCCUUUCUUUAAAUCUCUUGGCUUUUACUGGGUGCAAGAUAAAUAAUGGCUAUAGAUUUUAUUUUGCCUUCUGUUUUGCUUUUGCACAAACAGACCUGCUUUAACAAGUACUGCUGAGAUAAGUGUUUGUCUGAUCAAGCUACAGUGUACUUUAAGUAGAAAUGGCAAAGUUGCUUUGUUAGGGUGCCGAUACUGAUGAUUUUAUGAUAAAUUCAGUUCUUUAAACAUGUAAUACAUGAUUUGAUUGCUUGUUUCUCUCCAGGAUGGUAGAUAUUUCUCUAUAUCACCUCAACCUAAUAAAGUGGUCAGAUUUAUAAUGUUAGUGACUUAAUAUGAUCCUUUUCUAAUAGUCUCCUGUAAAAUAUGCCAGUAUUACAACUUACAACUGAUUGAAUGAGAUGUUAACUUAGUAAAAUAAUUUGAUUUUUACCUGACAGUGUUUGUUAAAGUUAAAAUCAUGAAUAUUCAAUUUUAUACAAACAUUUAAUAUGUGUAUAGAUUUGUAUUUGUUAUUUGCCAAAGACAGAAAUAAAUUACCUGGUUUAAUGUUAGUGAAGAAUAAAUAAGUGCACACAUUU